AAUGAAAACUGUCUUUUCCUGUACCAUCGUCAGCAGCGUUAAAACGUUUCUAUAAGUACUUAUUAACAAAACUUCAAUUUAUAUUUACCGUUUUAACAACAAUAACUACAUACGUACCUACUUCAAGUCUACGAAAUACGUAGGUAAAUAAAUUACAGCUAACGUUUUAUCCAUGCAUCAAAAUAAUAAUUCAAACAUGAUCAGAGUUAUGGUCUACAUUGGAUUCGUUAUCUAUGUGAUGGUCUUGGCUACAACAUGUUGCUGUCAUCCCGUGACGUCUUCUGAAGUGGAAAGUAUAGCUCGACCUACACGACCUAAAACUUUCGGUUCUCCAGAUGAAUUACGUUCAUACCUAGACCAGUUAGGACAGUACUUGGCAGUAGUUUCUCGUCCAAGGUUUGGAAAAAGGAAACCUGCACUUCCAGUCAUCCCGUCCGUAAUCACAACACCGAGAUUACAACAGUACAUCGACCAUCAACGCAUGCUUAACAGUAUUAUAAACCGGGAAGACGAAGAGGCUUAUAAAUUACAAUAUAAACCGGCUGCUAUAAGAAAUUCAAAAGACUUGUACGACAUGUUAUUUACGACACGUCGCGAAAACGGCAAUAAUGACCGUCAUCAAUACUAUUUAAUGCAACAAGAUAUAACGAAUGCAGACAUUGGUUUAGACUCAAAUUAAUUUUCAUUGAAAUGUAUUUGUAGUAUAAUAAUGUAUUUGUAUUUCUCAAAAACUUUAGUCAUGUACAGAAACUAUUGUACUAGUUAUAUUAUUAAUAUAAGAAUCUUAUAAAAUGUCGUUAAUUUAACAGUAUAAAUAAAAUCCAUAACAAGUGUUGAUA